AUGCAAAAAAAAGAAAUAUUUCACAUUGAGAGUGAUGAAUGCGAAUUUAACUUAUCCUUCUAUGAAAAGAUAUUCAAGAGUUUGAAAGAUUAACUAGAAGUACAUAAACAAUCAAGUGAUAUCUAAUUUGAACUUAAAAAUAAUUUAUUCUUCCUCUACAAAGGCAUAAAGAGUCGCUUAAAUUUACAAAAAAUAAAAAAAGAUCUAUUUGAUUAAACAUUCAGUGUCAAAUUGAUCAACAAAGAAGUAACAAGCAUCAUGAAAAAAGGAUCUCGAACUCUAAUCAGAUUCAUUUAGUGUGUUUCAAAAGAAAAUGAAAACCUUUUUUUAAGAAUAGUCAAAUAUAAAUACGAAAAAAAAUUUGUUGUGAUACACUUCUUUGAAAGAAAAAAAAAUAGCAGAAAAAGUACUACUUCUGCCAAUACUAAUGCUAAUAAUAAUAAAAUUGCUGUUAAUACUAAUAACAAUAUACCUACUAAUAAUAAUAUAAAAAUUGAAACAACUGAAAACACUCAAAGCAAAGCAUCGAGCAAAAAUGAAGAGACUUUAGUAGUAUAACAUGAAAAUUCCUAAACUUUUCAAAUCCAACAGUGUAAUUUAGAUAAUUAGCUUAAUAAAUAACAAGAAUAAGUGCUUAAGCUACAAAGUCCUCCUAGUUUAAAUAUUUCUUUAAAUUCAAGUAUUUAAAUCACAGAUUCUAUAUAGAAGAAAGCUAAUUCAAAGGAGAAAGAUAUAUUUGAGAAGUUAAUUCAAGAACCUCUAAUUUAAAGUAGCUAAUCAUAUAACCUUUAGCAGCAGCAAAUUAUUUCAAUUUAUGAUCAGCCAAAGAAAGAAGCUUUGAGCUUCUAAAAUGAAAAUGACUUAUAACGUAAAUUGCUAAAAUAAGCUGAAUAAAUCUCCUAAUUAAGAAUAGAGAAGAAUACUUUGGCCAACUAGCUAAGAAUGGAAAUGUAAAAAUCAUUACAUUUCGAAGAUUUAUACUUACAGCUUAGAUCUUAUAUAGUUAAGGAGAAGUUUAAUUCUUUAAAGUAAAAUGGCUUCAAGUACCCUUAUUCUGAUAAUGAUUUUAAGCAAUAUGCACCAAGCGAUGAUUUCUCAAUUAAGCAUGAAGAAAAUUAGAUUAAUUAAAUAGAAUUAGAAUGA